AUGGGGAGGACGACGGGUGGGGGGCUUGGGUCUCUUGGCUCUCUUUUCUGGAGUAUACCGCUGCUGUUGUGUGUAUGGACGAGUGGAACAGGAGCACAAACACCAGCCCCUACCAAGCCUAUCUACCUCUGGCAAACAGGUCAAUGGGGCAGGUGCAUGGGUAGCGAGUGUGGCCCGGGGGGCAGCCAGAGCCGGGCGGUGUGGUGCGCCCACGCCGAGGGCUGGACGACGCUGCACACCAACUGCCCGGAUGGCGAGCGGCCCGACAACCGCCAGAGCUGCUUCCGCGUCUGCGACUGGCACAAGGAGCUCUACGACUGGCAGCUGGGGGCGUGGAACCAGUGCGUGCCCGUGUCACAGCGCGGCAUGGCUGGGGCUGCUGACAAGGCGGGCGCACCGAAGCCCGAUGCGUGCCAACGCGGAGAGGAGGGCAUCCAGACACGAGAGGUCCAGUGUGUGCAAACGGCAGACGGUGCACCGGCCGAGGAUGCCAUAUGCGAGUACUUCGAGCCCAAGCCUCGUCUGGAGCAGGCCUGCCUGAUCCCCUGCCCGCGCGACUGCGUGGUCUCCCUCUUCUCUGACUGGACCGACUGCUCCAAGACCUGCGGCACGGGCCUCCAGAACCGGGUCCGGACCAUCCUGGCGCCGCCGCUCUUCGGAGGCUCCGCCUGCCCCAACCUGACCGAGUUUCGGACGUGCCAGCCGGGCCCGUGCGAGGGAGAGGAGAGCCUGUACAGUCUGAAGGUGGGGCCCUGGGGGGUGUGUUCGAUACCUCCUCCCCCGCCGAUACCAGAACCGGUGCCCGAGUCCGAAACUGUACCCGUACCUGAGUCCGAGUCAGAAUCUGAAUCCGAACCCGAGACAGAGUCCGAGCUGGAGUCUGGGGCGGCGGUGGCGUCGUCGAGAAGGGCCCGGCACACCCAGGCGGCGGACAUGACAGAGCCACAGACCACAGACCAGGAAGAAGAAGAUGACGAUGAUGAGGAUGAGGAUGGAGACGCAUCACCCGCAGGAGGAAAAGGAGCGCGCAAGAGGGACCGCAAGGAACGCAAGAACCGCCGGGAGAACCGCAAGAAGGAGCGCAAGGAGAACCGCCUGAAAGAGCGCAAGGAGCGACGGGCGCGGAAAAAGGAGCGCAAGCAACGCGAGGAACCGGAGACCCGGGAGCUCAUCACCAGGAGGAGGAUGCGGAACAGGCAGAACCGGCAGGGCGCCAAGCUGUGGGACCUGCAGGUCGGCUACCAGCUGCGCGAGGUGAUGUGCGUGCACAAGAGCGGCAGCACGGCGGCCCUCAGCCACUGCCAGAGGGAAACCUUACCCGUGACCUACCAGGCGUGCGUGAUGCGGCGGGACUGCGAGGUGAGCGAGUGGGGAGAGUGGGGCGUCUGCUCCAAGAACUGCAACGACCCCAAUGGAUCCAAAGGUCAAAGGUUGCGCUCCCGCCGCCUCACCCAGCUGCCCGUAGCCGGCGGAGAGGAGUGCCCCCUACUGGAGGAGACGGAGGAGUGCACGCCGCAAGGAGACGCUGUCCAGUCCUGCAUCAUGUACAACUGGAAGGUGACCGAGUGGAGUGAGUGUCGCGUGGACAUGCUCCUCAGCCAGCAGGAUCGUCGCCGCGGGAACCAGACGGGGCUGUGUGGCGGUGGGAUCCAGAACAGGGAGGUGUACUGUGUACAGACCAGCAACGACACGCCUGCCAUCCUCGGACCAAUCAAAAGCAAGGACGCGUCUCGUCCGGUAGACAGUGCCCUGUGCCUGGGCUCGGCGCCCAACACCACCCAGCUGUGCCAGCUGCCCUGCCCCGUGGAGUGCCAGGUGUCGGCCUGGAGCGCCUGGGGACCCUGCACCUACGAGAUCUGCAGCGACCAGACCACCAAGAAAGGCUUCAAGUUGAGGAAGCGCAGGAUCGUGAACGAGCCCACGGGGGGUACGGGCAACUGCCCCCACCUGACCGAGGCCAUACCAUGUGACGAGCCGAGCUGCUACGAUUGGCUGGUGCUGAGGCUGGAGCCCUGCGUCCCCGACAACGACCGGCCGUGCGGGCCCGGCACCCAGAUCCCGCAGGUCAAGUGUGUCAACAGCGAUGGUGAGUUUGUGGACAGUCAGCUGUGCCGCGAUGCCAUCCUGCCCAUGCCGUCGCUGUGUGACGUGCCGUGCCCCAAGGACUGUGUCCUGAGCCCCUGGACCAUGUGGAGCCCGUGCUCACACACCUGCUCUGGCAAGAACACAGAGGGGAGGCAGAUGAGGGCCAGGUCCAUACUGGCCUACAACGCAGGGGAAGGUGGCGUGCAGUGCCCCAACAGCAGUGCCCUUCAGGAGACCCGCAGCUGCAAUGAGCACCCCUGCACAGUCUACCACUGGCAGACGGGGGCCUGGGGCCAGUGCAUCGAGGACACCUCCGUCCCCCCCACCAACGGCUCUCUGAUUGGCUCAGGGGGUUCCGGGGCGGGCGGGCUGGAGGCCUCCUGUGCCGUGGGCAUGCAGACGCGCAAGGUCAUCUGUGUCCGGGUCAACGUUGGACAGGUGCCGCCGAAGAAGUGUCCGGAGAGUAUUCGUCCAGAGACGGUGCGGCCGUGUCUGCUGCCCUGCAAGAGAGACUGCGUCGUCACGCCCUACAGUGACUGGACCCCUUGUCCUGCCACCUGUCAGACAGGAAAGAAGCAGAAAUUCAAGCAAUCCAGGAAACGCAUCAUCAUUCAACUUCCUGCCAACGGAGGCCAGGACUGCCCCGAGGUCUUGACCCAGGAGAAGGACUGCGAAGCCCCGUCCACCUGCCCCGGCUAUAGGUGGAAGACCCAUAAAUGGCGGCGCUGUCAGCUGGUGCCCUGGUCAGUCAGGCAAGAAACGCCUGGAGCACUGGAGACCUGUGGACCUGGACUACAAGCACGAGCGGUGUCGUGCCGUAAACAAGAUGGUGGCCUGGUGGACGCGGAGCUGUGUUUGAAGAGUGCCAGCCCCAUGCCCGCCCUCACCCAGUCCUGCCAGCUGCCAUGCCAAGACGACUGCCAGCUCACGCACUGGUCCAAGUUCUCCACCUGUCAGGCCGACUGUGUCGGGGUCAGGACCCGCAAGAGGGCUCUCGUCGGCAAGAGCAAGAAGCGUGAGCAGUGCAAGAACACCCAGCAGUUCCCGCUGAGCGAGACCCAGUACUGCCCGUGCAACAAGUACAGCGCCCAGCCGGUGGGCAACUGGUCGGACUGCAUCCUGCCCGAGGGGGGCCGCCUGGAGGGCCAGCUGGGCAUGCGCGUGCAGGGCGACAUCAAGGAGUGCGGCCAGGGCUACCGCUACCAGGCCAUGGCCUGCUACGACCAGGACAGCCGGCUGGUGGAGACCGCGCGCUGCAACAGCCACGGUUACAUCGAGGAGGCCUGUAUCAUCCCGUGUCCGUCCGACUGCAAGCUGAGCGAGUGGUCCAACUGGUCGCGCUGCAGCAAGUCCUGUGGGAGUGGGGUCAAAGUUCGCUCCAAAUGGCUGCGGGAGAAACCCUACAAUGGAGGACGCCCCUGCCCCAAACUGGACCACAUGAACCAGGCUCAGGUGUAUGAGGUGGUGCCCUGUCUGAGUGACUGUGGGCAGUAUGUGUGGGUGGCUGAGCCCUGGAGCGUCUGGAAGGUCAGCAGCGUGGACCUGAAGGAAAACUGUGGAGAGGGCGUGCAGACGCGCAAAGUCCGGUGUAUGCUGAACACCAUAGACGGUCCGUCUGACCCCGUGGAGGAUUACCUGUGUGACCCGGAGGACAUGCCGCUGGGGGCCCGCGAGAGCCGGCUGCCCUGCCCCGAGGACUGCGUGCUGUCCGACUGGGGAGCCUGGAGCAAAUGUCCACUGCCUUGCAGUAACAGCACCACCCGUGAGAGGACUGCGACCCCAAUACGGCAGCCCGGAGGAGCCAAACAGUGCCCGUCCACCACCGAGAAAGAACCCUGCAACCUCAACAGUAACUGCUUCACCUACUCCUACAACAUCACAGACUGGAGCACGUGUCAGUUGAGUGAGAGGGCGGUGUGUGGCAGUGGCAUCAAGACGCGAAUGCUGGACUGCGUCCGCAGCGACGGGAAGUCUGUGGACCUCAAGUUCUGUGAAGAGCUGGGCCUGGAGAAGCGCUGGCAGAUGAAUCUCUCCUGUGUGGUCGAGUGUCCUGUCAACUGCCAACUGUCAGACUGGUCGCCCUGGUCCGAAUGCACACACUCCUGUGGACUAGCAGGUAAGCUGUGGCGUAGGCGCUGGGUGAUCCAGGUGUCCCAGGGAGACGGUCGGCCGUGCCCGCCCCAGCUGGAGCAGUGGAAGCCCUGCCCAGUCAAGCCAUGCCACAGCUGGAGAUAUGGAGCCUGGUCACCAUGCAGCACCGUACCGGGGGCGCGGUGCGGCGACGGGGAGCGUUUCCGCAGCGUGUCGUGCUUCGUGUCAGACGGCUCGUCCAAAGACACGGGCAGCAUGGUGGAGGAGGAGCUGUGUGAGGAUCUGGAGCUGGCCGUGGACGGAGACAAGAACAUCAUACUGCAGGAGACAUGUGCCGUUCCCUGCCCAGGCGAGUGCUACCUUAUGGACUGGACCUCAUGGAGCCCGUGUCAGCUCAGCUGUGCUAGAGGGGUGGACAUAGGCCUGGGCGCGGUGCAGGUCCGGUCCAGAGCCGUUCUGGCCCAGGAGCCGGAAAACCUACUACAGUGCCCAGACCAGGACUGGGAGGCCCGACCGUGCACAGAGGGCCAGUGUUACGAGUACAAAUGGAUGGCUAGUGCGUGGAGAGGCUCUUCUCGUCAGGUCUGGUGCCAGCGCUCCGAUGGAUUAAACGUCACAGGCGGCUGUCCUUCCACCAGUGAGCCGGUGUCUGACCGCUCCUGUGUCCCUGCCUGCGACAAGCCCCGAUCCGUCUGUACAGAGGCUGGCAUCUGUGGCUGUGAGGAUGGCUACACGGAGGUGAUGACGUCUGACGGCCUGCUGGACCAGUGCACCCUGAUCCCGGUGCUGGAGAUCCCCACGGCGGGGGACAGCAAGGCGGACGUCAAGACCAUACGGGCCCUCAGCCCCACCCUGCCCACCUCCAACAAGCCGGCCCGCGCCGGCCGAACCUGGUUCCUGCAACCGUUUGGCCCAGAUGGGAAGCUGAAGACGUGGGUGUAUGGGGUGGCGGCGGGGGCCUUUGUCCUGAUGGUCUUCAUUGUCUCCAUGACCUACCUAGCCUGUAAAAAACCAAAGAAGCCUCAGCGCCACCAUCACCACCACUACAACCACCACCACGUGAACAAUCGACUCAAGCCACUCACUCUGGCCUACGAUGGAGACGCGGACAUGUAG